AUGACCAAGUGCCUCGCCGUCGCGCUCCUGCUGGUGGUGGUGCUCGCGUCCUGCGACGGGAGGGAGCUGAGCCAGAAGGACGGCGCACUGGGAGCGACACGCGGUGCCGGCGUCGCCGAGUCCAAGGCUUCUUCGGGUUCGGGGUUGCCAGACCUGCCGGUUGUGGGAACCGGAACCAGUACCAUUAACGGCUCGCUGGUGGUGAUUCCUGGGGUCCCUUCUCACCCAUGA